UAACACAAAGUAAAUAAACUAUUUAUUGAGCUAUUAAAACUGAACUGCAAAGCAACAGCAACAACAACAACAACGAUAAUGAAGUACACAACAGGAACAGACAACGCGCUGCCCUCCGGCAGCAGCAGCUCCCAAAAUGCACUUAACGAAUUGCAGUCAGGAGUGGCAACCACAACACAACAGCAACAGUUGCAGCUGCAACAGGAGCAACAACAACAACCCGCAACAACAACAACGACAAGUGCCGUUAACACAACAACGGCCGCAACAUCAACAAAUCCCCAUCCCAAUAACAACUGUAAUAAUAAUAAUCAAAGUGAUACCAAUGUCAUCAAUAGUGACACGCCACAUGCAACAGCAACAUCAACAACAACAGCAACAGCAACAUCGACGGCAACAAAUGCUUUAUUUUGCGAACAGGUGACGACUGUGACGAAUCUGUUUGAGAAAUGGAACGAUUGUGAGCGUACAGUUGUCAUGUACGCGCUGCUCAAGCGAUUGCGUUAUCCCAGCCUCAAGUUUCUACAGUAUUCCAUAGACAACAAUUUGACACAGAAUCUGGGGACAUGCCAAACGAAUCUGAGCAGCGUUGUCAUUGACAUCAAUGCCAAUAAUCCAGCCUACUUGCACAACCUGUUGAGUGCUUACAAAACCUGUCAGCCCAGCGAUCUGGUGGAGGGCACGUCCUCCUCCUCAUCGGACAAGGAAUCAAUGCCAUGCUAUGGCAGUGAUUUUCAGAUCACCAGCAUAAACCCAAACCCAACACAGUGUGCAGAUGAGCGCAAAUUGUAUACACGCAAGGAGGAUAUACUCAAUGAGGUGCUCAAUAUGCUGCCACUGCUUAAGCCCGGCAACGAGGAGGCCAAAUUGAGCUAUAUGACACUCAUAUCGCUGGCAGUCAAGGAUACAGUGCAACAACUGGUGCCACCGGAGCUAGUGCAGCAGAUCUUCUCGUAUAUGCUCAUACAUCCCGCCAUUGGCAGCGAAGAUAGACGUGCGUUGAAUGUUUGGUUGCGUCAUCUGGAGGAUUACAAGCAGGCCAGCAAGCGCAACAGCUGCAGCAGUUACUUUGUGCAACCUGAGCAGCUGCAGUUGCAGCAACUGCAAUUGGGCGCGGGAGCGGGCACCAUAUCGGAUAGCUCAUCGUCAUCCUCAUCAUCGCUGGGCAACUUGACGCGCAGUGUCGACUGGCAGACGAUUGCACCGCCGAGCAGACACCACAGCAAACAGCUGCCCAGGCAACCGGGUGAAUGGCGAGGCAGCGUUAGCGGAUCCUGUGGCUCGAUCAAUCCACUCUGUGAUAAUUUAAAUGGUAUUACAUUGAACGAACUAGCAUCUAGUCAGAAUAGCUUAGGCCUCUCCCUGGGCAGCAACUCGUCGCUGGUCAAUGGCGUCGUCGCUGGCGCUGCAGCGGGCUCCAUGCUUGGCAUCGCUGGCAGCGAUGAUCAUGACACCUCAUUCAGCAAGAAUGGCACCGAAAUUCUUGACUUUGAUCCCCUCAACUGCGAUGCUGCUGCCGGCGACACGAGCGGCAUUCCAAGCUGCAGCCUUAGCCAACAACAGGCUCCUUCAUCACAUGCUCCAACCAUUCAUCCUCAGCUGUUGCAGCCGCCACCACCUCCGCCUCCACCGCAACUACCAUACGCCUCUAUUUUGAUGGGCCAUGUCGGCGAUCAGUUUGGCGAUAUUAAUCGCUGGAGUCUGGAUAGUAAAAUAGCUGCACUGAAGACGCGUCGCUCCAAUAGCCUGACCACACAAACGAUCUCCAGCUGCUCGUCGAACUCAUCGAACUCGUCUGUGAUCACGGUGAAUGAUAACUGCUCCAAUUCGACGGAGAAUCUGGCGCAGUUUGCCAAUAAACCGCGCAGCUUCUCACUGUCCAUUGAGCAUCACCGCAACAACAAUAUUCUGGCAAACAGCACCUCCGACACUCGCCUGGAUGACUUCAAGCCCAGCUACAUCAAAUUUCAGACGCGCAACGUGGGCAUGUCGGGGAUUGGACUAUGGUUAAAGUCGCUGCGUCUGCACAAGUAUAUUGAGCUCUUCAAGAACAUGACGUACGAGGAGAUGCUGCAGAUUAGCGAAGACUUUCUGCAGAGCGUGGGCGUGACCAAAGGCGCCUCCCACAAGUUGGCGCUCUGCAUUGAAAAGUUGAAGGAACGCGCUCACAUACUCGGAAAAGUGGAGCAGGAGCUGCACACGGGUCAGAUGAAGAUCAGCACUGCUGUCGAGGAGCUCACAAAUAUUGUGCUGACACCCAUGAAGCCGUUGGAAUCCAUUUCUGGUGAGGAGAACAUUGGACUGCGAUUCCUAAAAGUCAUCGAUCUGGUUAGCAAUGCGCUGCAGCAGGAUCCCUACUGUGCCCAGGAGGAUGAAACUCUGGGCGUGUUCAUGUGGAUUCUAGAUCGUUCCAUACACAACGAGGCAUUUGUUAAUCAUGCCAAUCAACUCAAGGAACUGAAGUUCAAGUUGUCCAAGCUUAAGAUGUCCAUGGUGCCCAAGCUGCAUCAUGUGAAGACAACGGGAGGCACAACGGGCAACAUUAAUAAGCCUAGGUGGAAUGGAAAGAGUCGCAAAUGUGAUCCCAAAAACGGCAGCAACGAUCGCAUUAAUCAUCGAAAGAACUCUAACGAUAUGCUGAACUUUUCGCUGAGUUGCUUGCAGCACCCGUUGCAGCAACAUCAUCAGCAGCAGCAACAGCAGCAGCAGCCGCCUCCACAACAACAGUUUGACUUCAACGGCGGCUAUCAGACGCAGCAGUACAAGAGUUCUUCGUAUCCCAGCUUCAUGAACAAUCCCCAGCAACAGCAGCAGCAGCAACAACAACCGCUAAAACAUCAUUCACAGCAUGCACAACAAAUGCAGCAAAUAUUGCAGCAACACUCGCAACACUUUCCAGCUUUGCCACAACAGACACCUCCACCACAUCAUCGACGCUCGUUGAACAAUCUGAUUGUGGUUGCCGGUGGUCCACAACAGCCGCAGCAGCUGAUCUUUAAGCCUGGCCAGGGCGUGCUUACCAAUAGCAACAGUGACAAUAUGCAGCAGCAACAACAACAGCAGCAGCAGCGCAAGCCCAGCUUGAAUGGACUCACCGGACUUGGAGGAUCAACAAAUGUGGAGCAGCAACCAAAGAAGACAAUGGCCGCUGUGGUGAUGGAAAAUUUGGCCAAAUUUGAUCAACAUUUUACGCUAUUCUGACGCUGCCCCCCGCAACAAACAAAGAGAAAAGAAAACAGACGUCGACUAGAAUAUAUAUAUAUAUAUAUAUGCAACAUGUAACAAGCAACGCAUAUGUAUAUAUGAAUAUGUUAAUAAAUUAUAUUAUGAACUCUGCAUCGUGACCAUGAGACUGACUAAGAUUACUAUAUUCGCAACUAUAAGAACUAGAAAAGCUGAAAUGAUGAAAAAAUUAAAAAAACAAAAGCAUGUUUGAAGCACACGAUACACGACACACGCGAAUUAAAAAAAGUUGCUUGCUGAAAGUCACAUAAUGAACUAUGUUUAUACACAUAUAUAUACAUAAAUAUAUAUACUUAUAUAUAAAUGAUAUAUACACAUAAUUUAUUUUAAAUUUAAAGGAACAUAAUUGCUGAAAAGAAAACAAAAAUUGUAUAAACUCCAAUGAAAAUUGUCUUAUGUUUGUGUUGAGAAAAGAAAUGCAAAAUGGUUUGGGAGCCUAAGGUAAAUAACAAUACAACAAAUAUUGUAUUUUGUAUAAGAAGUAAGCAUGUAAGCCAAAAAAAUGAGAAAAGAAAAUAUUAAAUAAUAAGGGAUAGCCACGAACAUGUUAUCAGGCAUUAUAUUGCAUAUGUAUAUGUAUAUAUACAAUUAUUAUUAUUAUACUAUUAUUUUGUUUCGCUUUUAGGCCUUAGUCAAAUGUUUGUAAUAAUGUGCUGUAAAACGAUGAUGAUCGAAAAUUGAUUAUGUUAUGUUAUUAUUUUUUAAUUGUUUUUGAGAAUUGCUAUAUAUACAAUAUACACCAAUGUGUAACGAAAUCGAUUGCGAUCGCUUUGUAACUAAGCUUAAGCUUGUAACUAAACAAAAUUAACGAGUGUGGGCCGAGACAGGCCACAUAAAACCACAGAGAUGAAAAAUGUAAACGAACAU